UAUAUUUAUUGUGUAUGUCAUAAUAUUUAGAAUUAUCAAAAAAAUAUCCUUAAUUUUUUAAGUAUUGCCCAUAAUUAGUUUAUUUGAUUGAUGUUCAAAUACUUUAAAGACUACCUGUCGUCGUCUUCUUGUUUUUAAAAUUUUCAAUUUUAAAGUAAAAGUAGUUUUAUACGUAUAGAGUGCUUACUGCUUAUGGCCGCGAUGUCGAACGUAAACACAGGCGAGCUAUUAGAUUUUCAAGAUUACUCGCCUGAACAUAAUCGCAGCGCUAGAAUCGACGUGGAAGCUGUACACACAAAUCAGUAUAAUAAUUCCAACACCAGCUACGAUUAUGUGGAACCCAAACCUGUAGUGGAAGAUGAUCCACCUCCAAAGAGUGGAAACCAUAACUUCUGGACCAUAGAAUACUAUCAGAAAUAUUUUGAUGUACAUACAGAUGAAGUAGUGGAGAGAAUUAUAUCAUCGGUAUUGCCUCAAAAGGUGUCACGUAACUACUUUGAUGAGAGAAUCAAAGGUAAACCUGACCUGUAUGGUCCUAUCUGGGUUUCGGUGACAUUGAUUUUUACAAUAGCAGUCAGUGGAAACAUUGCCAGUUAUCUGCAAAAUGCAAACAAGGCAAUACAUUGGAAAUAUGAUUUUCACCUUAUGUCUUAUGCGGCAACUGCAAUAUCAUGCUACGUGUGGUUAGUCCCUUUGGCUUUAUGGGCCGCCCUUAAGUGGACUAUAACUCCUGAUGUAGACCAAAUUGAGACUCAAGCGUCAGCAUCACCGACUAUGAUGUCACUAUUCUGCCUCUACGGUUAUUCCUUGUCAAUAUACAUUCCUGUGGCAAUUUUGUGGACAAUUCAAGUAUCCUGGCUACAAUGGCUCCUGGUUCUUCUGGGCGCUUUUGUUUCUGGAGCUGUUUUGAUUUUCUGGCUUUUACCAGCAUUGAGGAAAUCAAAAUAUUUUAUCAUUUUAGUGGGAUGUAUUUUAGCAUUGCAUUUCUUGCUUGCUGCCGGUUUCAUGUUGUAUUUCUUCCAUGUACCGGAAACAGAACCAGAAGUGAUUAUUGCGACUACUAUUAAACCAUAGAUUGUGUAUUUUUAAUUAUAAUAUAUGUAUAAGAUUUUUUAUUUAUUAAAUAGUUAAUGUUUGUAGUGUACUUGCAUUCCCACACUUUAAUCAUUAGAUUAAUUUAAAAUGUUUCCAUAAUAUCUUAAAAACAUUGUUAAGACAAAUUCGACUUUAAUAAAUAUGGUCAAAGAUUCGGUUUUUUAUAAGAAAAUAAUAUCAUAUUCUUAAUCUUACCCUAAAUGACUUAAUAUCUUUAUGAAUGUAAAGCUCGGAUAUACGUCGUUUGCGCAUUAAAUAAAUCCAAUUUAUUC